UCGACAUGGCCGCAUUGCUUACGAGUUAAUUUUUUUGAUGGAAAGUGUUAAUCUAACUUUGCAUUUUAAUUUUAGUUUACAAAAUUGAGUCGUGAGUAAUGCGGCCCAUGUGAAUUUAUAGACUGAAGUUGGCAACUUUAUGCGAUUUUCCCGGAAAACGUGAAACUGCGAGGUUUUAGAGGGGAGUAAAUGACCUAUCAGUAGAGGAAAUGAGAGCAACAUUAUAAAGAGUUGUAAGAGAAAAUCCAGAGUACCUCUUCACCAUCUUGGAGGCAUCACAACAGCCUGGAGGGAGUGGAUAUUCUCCACUUGAAGAGCAGCCAUCUUGGUGUAUAUGCACUUUCUGCAGAGAAAUGCCUGCACAGAGAGAAAUGCUGUGUUGCCAGAGAAACCAAGAUGGCUGCGUCUCAAGACUUCCUUCUUGUAUAAAUGUAUCUUUAUUGCGGGAUUUUUAUAUCCUCAUCUUGAAUGAGGCUGUUCUUGCCUUGGCUAGGCUCUACAGACAAGACAUUUUAGCCCAACCAGAAGAUGGAGACAGAAAUAAAGCCAAUCGCCACACUGCCUACCGCCAAUUCGUGCUCUGGCAUCAUGGGAGACUUGGGGCAGGGAACAGGAGAGUGUUACCAAGUUGCUGCAUAUGGAGGAUAAGGGUCAAGUUCCCAGAUCAGUUUGGACAAUACACAGGAUUCAAGGAUGACCCAUUGCAAUAAAAAUAUAAAUAUCUUUCCUUUCAAUUAA